CACACAUAUGACAAGAAUGACGAUGGCGAAGAACAAGAUUACUCAGCCGGCAGUGGCUUACCCUUCACGAUCCACUAGUCUUCUGGAGAGAAUUCAUCACACUGCCCAACAUGCUAACGGAAAUGGUCACUUUGCCGGCUCUGAGGUCAAGCUGCAAAUCUUGAUUGUCGGUGCAGGACUUGGCGGCCUAGCCACUGCUGUUGCACUCGCUCGUCAAGGUCACGAGGUGACCGUCUUAGAACAGGCGGCUGCCUUGGGCGAGGUUGGUGCAGGAAUCCAGAUCCCUUCGAAUUCGUCCAGAUUACUUUUGAAGUGGGGUCUCGGCCCAUAUCUCAAAGAAUAUGCAGUAAAGCCAGAAAGUAUGACAUUUCGAAGGUGGGAGAACGGUGACGCGAUCGCCUUUACAAAGCUUUCCCCAGACUUUGAAACCAGAUACGGAGCACCUUACUUUGUAAUUCACCGCGCCGACUUCCAUCGUGCCCUUUGUCGCUGUGCAGAGGACCUUGGAGUGAAGAUCGUGACUGACAGCAGGGUCACUGACUACGAUGAGACAAUUCCAUCGGCCAAGACUACUGAUGGUCGUGAAUACAGUGCCGACUUGAUCAUUGCUGCAGACGGCGUCAAGUCCCAAGCUCGAUCAGUUGUUCUCGGUGGUCCAGACCUACCACCUCAAAAGACUGGGUUUGCUGCCUAUCGUGCCACAGUCAGCACAGAGGAGAUGAAGCGUGAUGAGGACACAGCUUGGUUACUUGAGAAGCCUGGAAUCAAUAUCUGGAUCGGGGAAGACCGCCACGUCAUGACGUACUCUAUCGCUGGAGGCAACUCUUUCAACAUGGUCUUAUCUCAUGUAGACCACUCAUCACCUAGCACAUGGAAUGCUGAGAAUGCAAUCCGCGAUAUGCAAGACUCGUUCCAAGACUGGGAUCCAAAGUUGUUCAAGGUGAUCAAAAUGAUCAAGAACACACUCAAAUGGCCGUUGAUGAGCGGUAGCCGUCUCCAAACUUGGAUCUCGAGGAGUCAGAAGCUACUGAUACUUGGAGACGCUGCCCACGCCAUGGUGCCAUACAUGUCUCAAGGUGCAGCCAUGGCCGUAGAAGACGGAGCUGCUCUAGCUACAGCCAUCUCAAAAAUCAAGUACAAAGACCAACUUGCAACUGCUUUGCAUGUCUUUGAGAAGGAAAGAAUGAGUCGAAGUUAUGGUAUGCAAUCUGCGAGCUUGGUGAAUGGUAAGCUAUGGCACUUUCCAGAUGGCCCUCUCCAACAGGCUAGAGACCUUGGAAUGAGAGCUGAGGUGGAGGGGCGGCCAUUUGUUGAGAGCACAAAUCAGUGGAGCGAUCCUGUAACUCAGAUUUGGGCCUAUGGGUAUGAUGCCGAGGAUGCCAUUGAAGAGCUCUGGAAGAGCGAAGGUGCAUAGCUAUAAGACUACAUUGACACUACG